AUGACGUUCAGCCUGUCCUUCCAGAACCUGGAUGCUGGAUCGAUAAUGACGCUCAGCCUGUCCUUCCAGAACCUGGAUGCUGGAUCGAUAAUGACGCUCAGCCUGUCCUCCCAGAACCUGGAUGCUGGAUCGAUAAUGACGCUCAGCCUGUCCUUCCAGAACUCCCCACAGGUGCCCUUUGGGUUGAGAGUGUCCCACAGCUUUUCUAACUUUUUAUUUGACACAGCACAAAUACAAGAUCUCUCAGAGCUGAGGAUUGUUCUGCUGGGAGGGAGGUGGACUGGGAAAAGUUCAGCAGGAAACACCAUCCUGGGGAGAGAAGAGUUUGUCACUGAGCGAAGAACUGCACAGUGUGUGAAGAGACAGAGGGAAGUGGCUGGGAGGCAGGUCACUGUGGUCGACACACCAGGAUGGUGGAUGAGCUGGUCUGUGGAGGAUACUUCAGAGUUGGUCAAACAGGAGAUUGUGCACAGUGUGUCUCUGUGUCCCCCAGGACCCUGUGCUCUGUUCAUUGUUUUAAGUGUAGAUGCAUCAUUCACAGAGACACGCAGGAGGUCAGUGGAGGAACAUCUGGAUCUUCUCAGUGGGACAGUCUGGAGACACACUAUAGUGCUGUUCACCUGUGGAGACUGGCUGGGAGACAGAACUAUUGAGCAGCACAUAGAGGCUGAAGGGGAGGCCCUCCGGUGGCUGGUUGGGAAAUGUGGGAACAGGUAUCAUGUUCUCAACAAUGAGAAGAGGGGUGAUGUCACUCAGGUCACUGAGCUGCUGGAGAAGGUGGAGGAGAUGGUGGCAGGAAACAGUGGAUGUCACUUCACUGUGGGAGAAAGAGCAGGAAGCAGUAAAGACAUAAAACAAACUUCUCAGGAGGAAUGGAGCAGAAGAGAGGAGCAGCAGAUAGAGAUGAUGUCACGGCAGGUGGAUGAUGAUCAGACAGACGAACCUCCAAGGAAGAGGAGGAGGAGCAAGAGUAUUUCUCCUCCUCCUUAUUGUAAGUUUAUCUACUGUACACACAUUUUUUAG